UUUCAUUCUUAAGAUUGUCAGUCUGCUUGAAGGAGAGUUUCCCAAAUUAAAAACACUUCAGGGUGGCUGGAUGUUUUACAAGUCUACAGGUAUUUAUGUUUUGCAUGUUACAUAUAAACAAAAAAUGAUUUGUGUGCAUUUGCAAUAACUUUGCACUUUUGUAAAUUAAUGAAACUGGUAUGUGCUUUGUUGGCGUUAAUAAUUUAGUAAUAAGCUUCAUUAGUUUAAACUUUUUAGUCAAGGACAUGUUUCUCUGCCAUGUUCUAAGAUUAUGGCAUGCCCUACUUCAGUUUCCAGUGGUAAACAGAGCUUUAUAGAACAUUUCUGUCCAAAAUUUUAGGUGACACAUUUAUAACAAUAUUGCUAGCCCAAGAAGGCAACAGUAGUCCUGAAUGUGAUUCUCAAUUGAUUUUGCCAUUAGGUGGGGGUGGGCGGCGUAAGCUGUCUAUAAUUCCCACAGAUGCUGAUGGAUACUCAACUCGACUCCUAAAAUCAGUGUCAAAUAAUGGAAAGAACAUGCUGUUUGUAGUUCCAUUACAGGAACAGCUUUCCACUGAACCAUUACCUUAUGAUUCUGUGGAGUUUGCUAAGAUGCCACAGUCCAGCUGUAUGAAAUGUGGUAAGAAAAUACCACUGCCAUUGCUGCCCUUACACAUUGAAGAGUGUAAAGAAGCUGAGACAGAGUCUUCAAAUGAUGUGACCAUUCUAGAUGAUGAUGUAGACGAAAAUGUAAUCGAAACUGUUGACCAGCCAAGCCCACUUCACCCCAUCUUAGAACCAUCAUUACAGAUUUGUCCAAUUUGCCAGAUCUCUUUCCCAACUGAUGUCUUGCCUUUUCAUGCAAGCAUGUGUGGUGAAGGAGAAAGGACUUUUGGUGACAAUGAUUCUUCAUUCACUUUAAAUACAGAAGAAUUGCCAGGACCCUCAACUGCACAAUCUUCAACAUCCCUGUCUGCAGCAUGGAAAAAUGAAAUUGACCCAUUCAAACCAUCUCGAAUGUUCUGUGAUGAGUUGCUCUCCAUCAAUUCACACUGUCCAUCUCUAUCAUUACUCAUCAACCAGUUUGAUACUAUGGAUGAACAAGAUAGUACCCUGGUUUCAUUUUAUAAAAUGAACAGUGCUAAUUGGUCCACUCCAUUGAAAUAUAGAUUGACUGGAGAUGCAGCUGUUGGCAAGGGAGUUAACCGCCAUAUUUUGUCAAUGAUGAUGCAAAAACUGAAGACUGGCUUCACUUUAAAUUUGGGUUUGUAAUUGGUUGCAGUUCGGUUACAUGUGCACACA